CUUAUAGAUCCGGUUCAAAAGAACGAUUCGUUCGCGAGUCAGACGGCGCUGUUCGUCAGAAGCGGGCGAGUUGGCCGGGCGGAGAUCACGGGUUUCAGAGCUGGUGAGCUGACUUCGCGGACUGGGCAUGUUCAGAUUUCUACCAUGGACACGGAGAUGAUGCCAAAAUUCACCUCAAAAGACGAGGAAAUUGAAUACUGGAAAAAUCUGUCCCUCAAGUACAAGAAAAAUUACCACGACGCUCAGGAGGAGCUGCAGGAGUUCCAAGAGGGCAGCCGUGAGCUGGAGGCUGAGCUGGAGGCCCAGUUGGGACAGGCAGAACACCGCAUCAGAGACCUGCAAGCUGAGAAUCAGCGGCUGAAGAGCGAGGUUGACAGCCUGAAGGAGAAACUAGAGCAGCAGUAUGCACAGAGCUAUAAACAAAUCUCCAUGCUGGAGGAUGACCUGAGCCAAACACGGUGCAUCAAAGAACAGCUGCACAAAUACGUCAGGGAGCUGGAGCAGGCCAACGAUGACCUGGAGAGAGCCAAGAGAGCCACCAUUACAUCACUGGAGGACUUUGAGCAGCGAUUGAACCAGGCCAUAGAGAGGAAUGCUUUUCUAGAGAGCGAACUAGAUGAGAAGGAGUCUCUGCUGGUGUCUGUGCAGAGACUGAAGGAUGAGGCCAGAGAUCUGAGACAGGAGUUGGCUGUGCGAGAAAGGACCACAGAUGUUACUAGAAUGUCAGCCCCUAGUUCUCCAACGCUGGACACAGAAAAAAUGGACACUGCAGUUCAGGCCUCCCUGUCUCUUCCAGCUACACCAGUGGGAAAAACCAUUGACCAUCCUUUCAUGAAUCAGAAAGUGUUGACCAACGGUUGUGGAAACUCUCCGCUCACUCCAUCCGCCAGAAUCUCUGCUCUCAACAUUGUUGGAGACCUGUUACGGAAAGUUGGGGCUCUGGAGUCCAAGCUGGCUGCCUGUAGGAAUUUUGCCAAGGAUCAAGCAGCGAGGAAAAACUACAGCACAGGAAAUGGCAACCUGAUUAACAGCAACGCCACCAAGUUCUCUCAUUCACUCCACACAACAUACUUUGACAAAGCGACUGUGAAUGGACUGGACCCUGGUGCCCUAACUGCCAUGGCGUCCCCACGAGCUGUGUCUCCUCCUGGCAUGCUGCCCCUCAGCGUGUGAGAGAUCCAUCUGCUGCCUCCACACAAGCCGCCAGACACCAUGGAAACAAACGGAAAGGACAUUUGAAAACCCUGCCGCUCUGUAUGCAUGACUGUGCGUGUGAGAGAGAGUGAGAGAGAGCGCGAGGCCAAGAGACUGGACAGCAGUAACGUUGUGCCUCAUGUGUCCAUGUCUGACGGGUGUAUGUCAGACAGGGUAGCACAUAUGACUGUAUUAGUUGAGCUCAGUUCUGAAGAGGACUCAGCAUUUCUCACGUUUUGCCCUUUUUUGGUUAUUUUAAAGCCAGCUAAAUGACAAAGGGCCCAAAUGGGCCACUGCUUCCUUUUUGUUCAGUGUUGCACAAGAAAAAUACUGGUUUAGAAAAUAUUUGAAAAAAGGGAUUUUCUUAUAGAGCAUCAUUAUACUUGAUGUGUGUACACACAUGAAAAGUAGGCAUGAAGAGGAUCAGAGGUACAUACAGUAUGCAGGUUCUUUCCAUAGCCUGGACUGACUGAAUUAUAUGUGGUUUGGAUCCUGGCUUCAGGGCACCGUUGUCAGAGUAUUUUAAGCAGAGAGCAGUGAGAGGUUGACCAAGAAUGUCAUAGUAGGGUCUUCCAAAAUGGCAUGGAAAUAUCACCCACUCUCAAUAGUGACCCUGUAAAUUAUUAACAGGCUUCUCUCUGGCCUGGAUGCUGCUUCACCUUUGUGUUUGGAUGGUUACUGGCAUGGACAAUACCUAGUUCAGCAUAUUAGCUUUGGACAUUUACUGUCACGAAAGGGAUAAGAUUACAGCACUCUACAAACACCACCAUUUACAGUAAUACCCGCUGAGGAUUUGUCCAGCCAGCAUUCUCACAAUGGUUAACGUGUGGGGAGGAAAAAAAGAUACUGUUUUAUUUAUAUGCUAUGUUUAUGUACAAUUUUUUUUUGGUGCAAUGUGUGAGCAUUGUCACUUGAAGUAUAUUGGUUAAAGAAUUGUUAGUGGCUGUGUGAACCUCAUCUCUGUCCCCAUGUGCUUUGUUCUUUUGCUGGUGGGUUUGGCAUUCACCAGUUGUAGGUUUCACUCCAGAAAAAAUGUCUGCCUAUAGUUCUCACAGUGCUCCAUCUCCCAGUUCAGACUAAUCUAUACCAGCACUUUGAAAACAAUACACUUUUGGAGCACUUGUUAGCUUUAUCUUCUUGCCCCCUUAGUGUUUGAUUUCGCACAGUAUAUUAAGUUAUUGAGCACUCUAUUCAUUGUUUGCUUUGUCACAUGUAUAUAGGUUUUUAAGCAUUCUAGUUUUUUGCCCAGGAAAUUUGUACAUACCAACAUCGGGCCUUCCAGCUCAUUUAAUUUAUUUCAGAUUCUUUAUGCUGUGUUUUGAGGAGCAAGUUUUACAAAUUGUACAUCAUUUAAGAAUCAUAUGAUAUAGAAUGGUUGUCCAGUAUGUGCAAAUAAAGUAAACAAAGUCAA